AUGGCCGCACUACAGUGUUCUGGUACUAGACUGCAGUGUUCUGGUACUAGACUGCAGUGUUCUGGUACUAGACUACAGUGUUCUGGUACUAGACUACAGUGUUCUGGUACUAGACUACAGUGUUCUGGUACUAGACUACGGUGUUCUGGUACUAGACUACAGUGUUCUGGUACUAGACUACAGUGUUCUGGUACUAGACUACAGUGUUCUGGUACUAGACUACAGUGUUCUGGUACUAGACUACAGUGUUCUGGUACUAGACUACAGUGUUCUGGUACUAGACUACAGUGUUCUGGUAUGAUGUUUCAGAUGUCGCCGUUUUGA